UCUCAGAAAACACCUACUCACCAACCUUCUUUAAACCCGUUUUCUCUCUCUAGUCUCUCAAAUUUGACUUCUUCCAUUUCAAGUACUGUGCUGUGAUCAACCCUCUUUCUCUCUCUACUUUCUUCUUCAAUGGCUGCUGCUUUGGCGAGCCCACCUACAUCUCAGACAAUGGUUUCUUCUUCUCCUUCUCCUCCCUCACCUCCUCCCCAUCAGUCUUCCGAAGUCUCCUCCAGUACAAAUUCCGAUCAAGCUGAUCGUAUUGGCCGCGCUUUCAGCUACUCCAAAAAUGUCGAUUCUUCGUCUGCGGAUUUUCUUAAGAGUGAAGAGUAUCGUCAGCUUUUUCGCCUACCUUCUGAAGAAGUUCUUUUACAGGAUUUUAAUUGCGCAUUACAAGAAAACAUUCUUCUUCAGGGUCAUAUGUACUUGUUUGAGCACUAUAUAUGCUUUUACUCCAACAUAUUUGGAUUUGAAACGAAGAAAAUAAUUCCUUUUCAAGAAGUCACAUCUGUACGGAGAGCAAAAACAGCUGGAAUCUUUCCUAAUGCAAUUGAAAUUGUGGCUGCAGGAAAGAAGCAUUUUUUUGCUUCUUUUUUGUCCCGUGAUGAAGCUUUUAAGCUUAUAGCUGAUGGAUGGUCGCAGCAGGGCAAUGGUUCUGAAAACAUGCUUGAUCGGCAGGAUUCUAAGUCUGAGAGCAGUUCCCAGAUCAAUGGAGCUGUUCCAACUGAAACUUGUAACUCAGAAUCCCAAGUAAAUGACUUGUGUUCACAUGUGAGUCUCAGGAAUUUGGAGUUGUCUACAUCAGAAGAAUCCAAACCUCCUUCCGGUGAUGGACAUGAUAAUGCUAGGUCUGCUACACCAGAAGUUCCUCAUGUAAUGGAAGAGAAACUAAAUGUUACAGAACCUUCAACCUCACCGCCUAUCAAUUGGAAUGUGGAGAUGCAGGAUGCUCCUGAAAUACAUAAUUCUUACACCAAGGUGGCAGAGUCCAAGUUCCCGAUAAGUGUUGAGCAGUUCUUCAAUCUAUAUAUUUCUGAUGAAGCUGCUAGUUUUGUUGAAUCCUACCAUAACAAAUGUGGAGACAAAGAAUUCAGGUGCACUUCAUGGUCACCUCAUAAAGAGUUUGGAUACACUCGCCUCAAAAGUUUUCAGCAUCCUAUUAAAGUAUACUUUGGUGCAAAAUGUGGCGGCUGCAAAGAAACCCAGAAAUUUCAGAUUUACAAGAGCAGCCAUUUGGUUAUCAAGACUUCCCAGGAAGUGAGUGAUGUUCCCUAUGCAGAUUACUUCACUGUUGAGGGCCUCUGGGAUGUGCAGAAAGAUGGCGCUCAAUCAGAUGGUUGUUUUUUGCAAGUUUUUGUGAAUGUGGCUUUUUCAAAGAAAACCAUGUUUAAAGGUAAAAUAGAGCAGUCAACCAUGGAAGAGUGUCGAGAAGUUUAUGCAACGUGGAUUCAACUUGCACAUGAACUGUUAAAGCAGAAGAACAUUGAGAAAGGAGAAAGUUCUAUACCUAACAUGCUUCAGGAUAGCCUAAUUGAUCCACAAGUUACUGGACAAUCUGUUGAAAACUCAGAUACGAAUGUUCAACAUCAGAGGAUAAAUGCUGUUGCCAACAAUUCUCGUGGAACUCAUGAACAAACUGGAAAUAGCUUACCGGAGAAUAUGCUUCAUGUUACGACUACAGUGAUGUCUACAUUGAGAGCAUUUGCUGGAAAGUUCUGUAACCCUUUAAAAAAUCACCCUCAGCUAUUUUUGGUGAUUGCAUUUUCUGCUAUCCUCCUCUUAAUGCAGCUCAGCAUCGUUGUACUAUUGAGUAGACCACAACCAGUUUAUGUAAUUCCUCAAGUAGAUCAAAUGAGUUCUGCAGGGCCUGGGGCUGGUCACAGAGCAGCAGAAACAGUGGCUUGGAUAGAAAAACGAGUUCAUCUACUCAAGGACGAGAUGCUUUUGGUUGAGUCUCAACUUGAAAGAAUGAGGCAUGAACACAAUUUGUUGAAAUCACAAUUCAAGGACCUUGAGCGUCUAUAUAAGCAGAAAAUAUGAUUUUCGAGUUUCGUCAUCACUAUUCACUUGUACAUUCACUAUGUACAUUCUUUGUAUCAACUCCAUCCCGACAUUAAUGGUAUAUGUAAUUAUGUAUACCUUUUUUUACUUUUUCUUCCUGAUUUCUUAGUCAUGUUUGAAAAUUGUAAAGUCAAAAAGUUUUAUCCAUGGAAUCUCAGUCAGAAUUGUGGAAUGUUCAAUAAAAACGAAGUCUAAUGUUUGUUUGGAACAAUUUGGGAGCUGCAAAUGAGAAGUCAUAAGGAAAAGAGAUUAAAAUAUUGACGAUUUGGAUAAUUAAUAAUAGGUAAAGUGUUAAAUUUUCAUAA